AUGGGUUCCCGUACUAACGCCAAAGGCGCGAUUUCGAAGCCCGGUGCCUCAAAGCCAAAUGCCACUGUUGAAAGCUUCUCUAUCUCUCGGGCAACAGCGGAGCAGCAAGAGCGGCUAUUGCAGAACAUGAAAGCCACCAAUGCCAAAGGCGGUGCUAGACUUGGUUCAAACAUUGAUUCAGUACCGAAGCCCGAAGCGAAGAAAGUCAAACCCAUUCAGAAAUCGCCUCGAACGAAAAAAGCCUCGAAGACAUCGCCGGAAAAGCAUCCAAUUGAUAAAGGCCCCUCAGAGCACCGACUACGCCGCUUCCGAACAAAACCACCACAGAGUUUCUUGGUCAAACUGCAUCGUGCGAGGACCCAGCGUAUGGUUGUAUUAAGUCGACGACGUACGACCACCAAAUCAGGCGCGCCGGCCGAAGAAAUCGACAUUGUUGGCUCCACCGGUAACAUCUACACAGUAUCUAUUGACCAAGAGCCAUCAUGCACGUGUCCAGACUCUAUGAACGGCAACGAAUGUAAACACAAGGUUUAUGCAUUGCACAAUGUUCUGAAAGCGCCUGAAGUGCUCGUCUACCAACUGGCGCUUCUCCGUCCUGAGCUUGAACAAAUCUUUGCCAAUGCUCCUCCAAUCCCAACCGACAUAGUGGAAGGUGAGGAUGAUGAUACCAAGAAUGGCAAUCGCAAACCAAUGGACGGCGAAUGUCCCAUCUGCUACAUGGACUUGGAUCCCGACCACAACAAACUUGUCUGGUGCAAAGCUCAGUGCGGCCACAAUCUUCACAAAUCCUGUUUCGACCAAUGGGCAGCUAGCCAGCGCGGCAAGGAAGUACGGUGCGUUUAUUGUCGAACACCCUGGCAGGUAGAGAGCGGUGAUGUCGAGGCUGCGAAGAACUCAGGCCAAGUGGGCGAGGACGGUUAUAUCAAUGUGGCAGAGCAAUUUGGAAUAUCCCGGGCGAGGGACUACUCGGGCUAUCAUCAGCCUUGGGCCAGGAGACACUUUGGCGCGGGCUGGUAA